AAUAGAGCACGGGCACUCUUGGUUUCACAGCUGAUGCAAAAUUCAAAGCCCAACAAAAGUAUUGAUUUGCAAUAACCGUAGAAUUAGCUUAGCGUAGCAUUCCGAUAGAUAAGCGUAGGCGUAGUAAUGGAUUUCACGGGCUUUGAAGUGCGCAAGUGCCCACCGACUGCCAUGUACAUUCCUAACUUCAUCACUUCCGAGGAGGAGCAGCGCAUCCUGAGCCACAUCGAGCGGACUCCGAAGCCCCGAUGGACGCAGCUGCUCAACCGCCGGCUGGUCAACUACGGCGGUGUGCCGCAUCCCAACGGGAUGAUUGCCGAGGAGAUUCCCGAGUGGCUGCAGAGCUAUGUGGACAAGGUGAACAACCUGGGUGUGUUCGAGUCGCAGAACGCCAAUCAUGUCCUGGUCAACGAGUAUCUACCGGGCCAGGGCAUUCUACCGCACACGGACGGACCUCUAUUCUUCCCCAUCAUCUCGACCAUCUCUUGUGGGGCCCACACCGUGUUGGAGUUUGCCAAGCGGGAGGAUAACUCCGCGGAACCAGAAGCUGGCGAGGAUCAGUCGCCGGCGCCCCGGGAGGUGCGCUUUAAGCUGCUCCUGGAGCCGCGCAGCCUGCUUAUCCUGAAGGACACGCUAUACAGCGACUACCUACACGCUAUUGCCGAGACCAGCGAGGAUGUGCUCUGCGACCGCAUCUGCAACUACGAUCUGUGCGAGAACACCUACAAGAUCGGCGACCACCUGGUCCGUCGAUCGCCCCGCAUCUCCCUCACCAUCCGCAACGUUCCCAAGACCAGCAAGAUGAAGCUCAAGUUCUGCUAGGCCCACUCCGCACUUGCAUAGAUGUUGUUUGCCAUUGAAUACAGAUUACACAGAUGUUGACUAACCGCACGUUAAACGAACCCACUGAAGGGAUCCAUGGGGUCCAAGGACUAGGAUAUUCCGCCACCUGAAUCUUCCGCUAGAUGUUUAAGCACUCGCACUAGCACACUAGCUCGCAAGCAAUCAACGUUGGCCCACACAAAAGUGCUUUAUUUAUACCGUUGGCAUUGUGUACAUAUAUAAAAAUGUUUGUAUUACGUAUUACGGAGCAAUAAGUUGGCCCGAUCGGCGAACAGGCUCGAGCCGUAUCCUUGGAUUCCACCUGAACGCCGGCGGCUUUUAGAUUUAGUUACGCGAGCAAUUGAUGGGAGCAAUACGUGGUCUAGAUUUGUUAAAUAUGAAGUUAACUAUAUUCGUAUUUUGUCAACUAAUUUUGAUUACGAAGUGCUAGAAGUUUUCAAGAUUUCAUAGAAAUCUAGUUGAUCUAAGCACGAAAUUCAAGAAAUUGCUAUCUUAAGAUUAGGGCAGACUGAUAAGAUAUUUUCUUCAAAUUAUCCAACAUGAUUGCUUUAAUUUAUCAUACAUUUUCUUCAAAAGAACAUUGUACACAAAUGGUUUGUCAGUCUGGUGUCUAAGGAAAUUCAAUUAAUAUUCGACUGACGAAAGCAAAUCAUAAUGAUUAUCAGUUGACGAAAUACCACUUAUAUGUAUGUUGAAUGGAGCACACGCAGCACAUCGAGUUCCAUAUUCGUUUGCUCCAUGCUCCGGGCUCCCGGGUCCAAGUGUAUUUUUGUAACCGUUUUUUCCACCGCGCACCGCAAAAAGAGCGAAGAGUUGCCAAUAAACGUUACUGUCCACCCA